AUGAAUGAAUUCCCAGGAUCCAAUGAUAUCUCAGAGGAGGGAGUCCAAUUGGCAUUGGAUCCUAAUUUGAUAUCACUUCCUUUAUCUCGUUCGACAGCAAGUCCACUGGUGAUGUCAACAAACGAAAGUGCGAUGAACCAGCAAGGGACAUCUCAAAGAACUCAGACUGAUUCCUUUGAGACUCAGGAAAAAAACAGUACAGAAAAGAACUUAAGUAGCCAAACUUUAAUUACCAAUCCUUACGAGAAGUAUGGUCAAAUGCCAAUGAGCGAAUUGAUACCGUUAAUACUACUUCAAAGAGGCCCUGGUUUCAAGUUUGCUGAUCUCUCUGAAGGAACUCUCAUGCAAGAGUUAGAAAAUGAGGAGUGCACCCAGAUUCAAAAGGUUGAUCAACCGAUUGAUGGCGAAGUCUCUGCUCCUCAUGUUUCCGCCUUGGACGAGGAUGCUGAUACCGCCAUGGACAUUGAUUACCAAAAGAAAACACUUGAUAACCAAGAUAUUAAAACAGAAGCUUCAGAAGCGUCUCAGCUUGUUGCAUUUGGAGAUCACUCCAAGGACUCUACAACACAAGAACAGUUUUUAAAGAUAAGGAAAGAAAUGAUUGAUAGCAUAAACUUGGCAAUGAAUGAUUCAUCUUUAGCCUUAGAAUUUCUGUCUCUACUACUUUCUUCAGUCAAGGAGUCUACGGCUCUCACUUCAAUGUCUCCAUUCUUGAAGAAGACAGUUCCGGUACGUUCUUUAAACAGUGACAAACUGCCUCAGACGCCUAUCUCAAGAGAAAGGCAGAUUGGCUCGGAUAUCUUAAGUAGGGGUUGGAAGCUGAGGAGUCUUAAUGAAUCUCGAGCUAUACUUAAGGAUAAUUUCGAAAAGCUAGAGAUAGUGAUGUCGAGGGAACACGUAUACUGGAAUAAAAUAGCAAAAUACGUCAGUAAUAAGGAUGUAAUAUUCAAAAUGAGGGAUAAAAGUACGGGCCUGCGAUCACUGGGCAUAAAAUAUGGUUAUGAGGAUUCCGGUUCGACAUAUAAAAGAGACAGAGGUGUUGCGGUUCUGAGAAAUAACUACGAACACAACUUGCUGGAAUUGAUACCAUCUUCAAUAAUUGACAAUCCCGCGUCUAGGGCUAACGAAAAAUUUGUAAGACUUCGAAUAUUCACAAAAAUUGAAUCAGAGGAUGAUUUUAUACUAACCGGUGAGAGUUCGUUAGAUUCACUUUUCCUCAAUAGAGCAGCAAAUAAAAGAGAUCAAGAUGAUAUGAGAGAUCAAAUUCAAAGAUUAAAAGCCUUCCUCUUCGAACAAGAACUGAUGUAUCAAUCUAAAAAGGAAUGCUCACUAUUAUUAUCUUAUGGUGUGACUAUCGAAAACGAAAAUAAAAUCGUGAUGGAACUUCCAAAUGAAAAAAUCGAGAUGGAGCUACUUCCAAUAGAUGACAGCUCAGUGGUCAAUCACAUUCAAGACGCUCCAAAAGUAAAUGACAAAAGAGCUGCUUUCAUGUUGACCACUUUGAGACUACUACUUGUUGUUAUGUUCAAAAAAAACCUGAGAAAAAAGCUCACAUCUAUCCGAGGUACCAGUUCGAAUGUAGAAAAAGAUAUCUUGUUAAUAAGACCACUUCUUGGAAAAAUAAGGCAUCAAAAUUAUAAGAUUAUUUUGAGAAAAAUUGUGAAAGACUACGUUCUAGAUGAAAUUAGGGAUUCUGAAUUAAUCGAAACACCUAUUUUCAAGAAUGAGACUGUUAAGGUAGCCGUUGAUGCCAAUAUCGCUAGAUUGUCUAAAAGUAUUUCUGCCUUUGAUCGUUUAUUAGAAAUUUCAAAAACCAAGUUUGAAAUAAAACUGUCAACCAAAGCUGAGCUCUUUUUGCUUUUGAGCAGUCCGAAUUACUGCAACGCUAUUGUAUCUGUGUGUUAUAGAGACCCUGAAACUUCAACCUCAUUCAACACCGAAUUUUCAGAGUUUAAAGAGAUCGAAGAGUUUCUUCAUUUCUUAGUGACAGAAUACGUAAAAUACAAGGAGACUACAAUCAAAAAAGAGGAAUAA